AUAAUAAACUACAUAGUAUACAAGUGUUUUGUUCGCGAUUAUUGUCUGUCCCGAGGUUUAUCCCAUUUCUACCACAAAUAAAAAUCUGGAUAAUGGCUGCUAACCAAGCGGAGGAAACUUUUGACCAAGCCGAAUUCGAUGAAGACGACUUGGGAGAGGUUCAGAUCGAAUCCACUGCUGGACGGAAACGUCUGUUUAGCAAGGAAUUACGGUGCAUGAUGUACGGAUUCGGAGAUGAUCAGAACCCUUACACGGAAAGUGUAGAUUUACUAGAGGAUCUGGUGAUUGAGUUCAUUACUGAAAUGACACAUAGAGCAAUGGAAAUCGGACGAACGGGGCGUGUCCAAGUUGAGGACAUCAUAUUUUUGGUGAGAAAGGACGCUCGAAAGUAUUCUCGUGUGAAGGAUCUACUCACGAUGAAUGAAGAACUGAAACGUGCACGGAAGGCUUUUGAUGAAAUUAAAUACGUUGGAGCUGAAGCGAAACUCAAGUGAAAAUAA